GACAGUGGUGGAUGCUGGCCAUUCUGCAAGGAUGGCACCUACAGGGAUUGCAGUUGGCCUUCACAAGGGUCACGGCGUGACGAAGAAGGAGAAGGUGGCCAGGCCAGCACAGCGCAAGGGAAGGCUCAGCAAGCGUGUCAAGUUCGUCAGGGAGAUUGUGCGGGAGGUAGCAGGCCUUGCACCCUAUGAGAAGAGGGUGACCGAGCUGCUCAAGGUGGGCAAGGACAAGCGCGCCUUGAAGCUCUGCAAAAAGAAGUUGGGCACACACUUGCGCGCCAAGAAGAAGCGUGAGGAGAUGUCUGCUCUGAUGAGGAAAGCGUCAACGAAGAAGUGAUGUGGCUAUGCAAGUGCACAGCCAUAUGGCGCUCCUUGUCAGAACUGCUUUAGUUCCAGCGCACUCGCGCGCACCCGAAUACAGCUGCCCAGAUUCUUGGGCACUUCUGCCUGAUAAAGCCUCACGAUGCCUCUAAGACCUUGAUGGGCCUGUAAGGAGCGCCUGAUUGUGGUCAGCACAGUCUGCCAGUCGUGUGGAUUUUGAGAUCGGGGUGUGGGACAGACUUCAUUCUCACUGGAAACAUGGCAGGCCACUGGCUGUUGCGGCCAUAUAUACUGUAAUAGUAGCACUUUUCUGUAAAGCUCGGGACGUUU